GCCAACAACAUCACGUCGUCGUCCCCUGACUACGAGAGGAAGUACAAGACGCACGCGCUCGAGACGUUCGGCUCGGACUCAGAUGCGUCCAGGGGCAACGCCAUCAGGAUCAAGAAUUGGUUCCAGUACGUGAAUGCGAAGAAUACCACGCAUCGCCUCGAGAAGCUGAACACCUGGGAACUGUUCACGGAGUUUACAGGCACUCACUGCAAUUAUUUAGAGCCACGCCUCGAGGUCGAGCCCACUGUCGCAACCAUCGCAGUCAGCACAGUCUUCGUCGAGAGCCACUUCGACAAGACCUGCCCACGCGAGCAGGUAAGGCGGAUGGUCUCUAAGCUCAUGACGUUCUGCAUUUCUCUGGACUCGCCAGUUGGUUCGAACAACAGCCGCUUCGGACGGAUGCCAGAGUACAUAGUCCAGAGGAUUGACCAGGCGAAGCAGCUACUGUCGCUCCUCAUCACUUCCAUGGAGACAAGCGCUGUCUACAAAAAGGCCUGGAAGGCCUCCGACAUCGCGAUGAAAGCAGCGUCGACUACCAGCGGUGGGGCCUACAUCGACAUGGCGAAUGACUUGCCUAGCACGGCGCGCAACAAGUUUUGGCUGGAGGACGUCAGCUGCCCCAAGACGCACUUGGCCGAGGCGUUCCCGAGCGCCCCGGACGAGGCGCUCGACAAACUCAGCGGCCUUAUCUACAACAUGUCUUACGAGUUCUGUUUUGAGACGAAGAUGUCCUUCAGCGGAGCGGAGCACACCAAAUGCUCGUCGCACUUGGAGAAGCUGCCGGUAGACCUGGCAGCUGCGCUCGAGGCCAUCAUUGCGCCUGAAGUUCCCCAGCGAGCUAGCGCGCUGAAGUUGGAUCAGAUGCUCAGUGGACAGCGCGAGGCCGUCGAGGAGCUGAAGACGUUCGCUGGCUAUACCAACUUCGACCUGCCUUGCAGCCUGCACCCCCUUCUCUCCAGCAUUCAGAUGUCCACCUGGCCGUUGCUGACCAAUGACAGUAUAGCAGGGCAGACGGACAUUCUCGCAGUCGUGAAGGUCAUGGGCGCGCAGCUGUUCGAGAAGUUCCAGCCUGGCGCGACGUCGGCAUCUGCUGCAAUCAACGAGAUCGUGGUGGACACUGGCAAGGUGAAGGACGCCCAGGUCCCCAAGGCCUGCGCGGAGUCAGUCCAGACUCCGCUUGCAAUGUCUCACCUGAGUGCUCUGGACGGCACGCGCGACAAUAAGGAGUCAGGGAGCAUCACCAUGGCAGAGUUCAUCAGGAAGGUGGCAGCUGCUGGUUCGUCGCUCGACGAGAGGGCGAAGGCGCUCGCCGACUGCGCCCCCCAGCGCCCCAAGGAGGAGACCUACGAGCGUGAGUUGGAUAAGCUCUACAGUUUCGUCAAGGAGGGCGGCUCCCAGGCCCUGCAUCUCUCGGAUCACGCGAAGGAGCUCGGGCUGGACACUACUGGGGCCGUCGGAGUAAAUAUGAUAUGCCCCCAGUCCUCCAGGGCCAGGCUGGAAGUUCCCAUCGACGACCUUUGCUUGCUGCGGAGGAACAAACACGACGGAGUCGAGAUUGAUAUUUCUAGCGAAGGCCCCACGCUGACGGCGACGAGCAGCUGCAAGGCAUUGAUAUUUUACUCCGGCGGUACGGUCUGCACGACGAAUGCUGCCCCAAUGUUCCAGGUGCGCAGUGAUGCCUUCGGUGCGAGCUUCAACAUCUGCAUGGGUACUCAUG